AUGGGAUCUAAACCGCCGCCGCUGUCAAUCCUCAACCGCCUGAUCGACAUCGACAAAUCCGUCUCCCUCCACCUGCACUCCACCGCCCAACCCUUCCUCCCCCGCUCUCUCCUCAAAACCCUAGAAAUCUCCGGCGACGGCCGCCUCUUCUUCCCCCUCGCCAUCUCCCUCCUCCUCUCCCCCCUCUCCACCGCCACCGCCACCGCCUCCCUCCUCUCCUCCCUCCUCAUCGGCGCCGUCCUCGACCUCCUCCUCGUCGGCCUCACCAAGCACUUCGUCCGCCGCCCCCGCCCCGUCUACAACAAGGACAUGUUCCUGUCUUUCGCCGUCGACCACUGGUCCUUCCCCAGCGGCCACUCCUCUAGGGUUUGCUUCGUCGCCGCCUUCCUCUCCCUCUCCUCGGCCACGAUUCGCGAUGCCAUCGCUCAACUGAGGCUUUCCCGAGUGGAAUACGUCGAUAAGCUAAUUGAUUCAGUGGGUAUUGACGAUGGCGCGGCGGUUAAUUUGGUUGUUUUGGUUGCGUGUUCGUGGGCGGCUGCGACGUCGAUUUCUAGGGUCUUACUCGGUCGGCAUUUCGUGUGUGAUGUUAUUGCUGGUGCUCUUUUGGGUGUCCUAGAAGCUCUGCUCGUGUUUCGGUUUAUCAACUACUCAAUUCUAGAGUCUUAUUUUUUCUAGGUAAUGUCCCUGUAUCUGUUAUGUUUUCUCGGGAAAAUUGCUCUGUAUCGUUCCAAUCUCAUCGGAUGUUCCCAAAGAGACUUGGAAAAAAAAAUUGCCGAUACAGAUAUUGUUCUACGGAAGUUAAAAUGGAGGAAGAUUUUUUUGAAUUGUUGACAAAGAUGAUGAUGUACCAAUCGAAUGGCAAUGCGUAAUAAAUUCGGCGUGUCCAUUCGGAUGAACAA